AUGAAGGCUGUUUCUGCUCUUGCUCUUCUCUUCACUCUUGGAGCGGCCUCGGCCAAGUACUGUCCUGGCUCUGGAAUGCUGUGUCACUAUGAGGGAGAUUACACUUGCCAUAAGACGUGUGUCAAGUGCAACUGCGACCAGGAGGCGUGGGUUGAUCACCAGAGACGGGCCUUGGUUUCAAGAGAGUGCAACUUCAUCUGGAGCAGUAAACAAAACUGUUAG